UGUAGCUACACCAGGAAGUUGCCAGUUUUCAUUCAUUCUGUACAAUUUAUGCAUGUAGAUGCAACGCUUCAUUAAAAAAUGCGUCGAAGAACCGAAGCUCAAGCAUCAAACAAUGAACCCGUCAAUGCUGAUAGAAAGGAUCCGGAUCAAAGGCCGCACAGCCCAGCUGAAGCUGGAGGCAGAGUGUCUUUUGGCUCUGUGCUCAUUAACAUUGGAAAGUGUUUACUUUUAAUCAUCAUCAUCCCUCCGUUCCUCAACUAUGCAUCGCUGCAGAGAGAAGGACAGAUGCUCUUACCUAAAGAUGGCCAGAUUGUUGAUGUCGGUUUGGGUCAAAAGAUGCAUCUUUUGUGCAAAGGACAUGGAAAACCAGUUGUCAUACUGGAUGCACCAACUGGAAUGUCCUCAGAUGUUUGGUUGCAUGUCCAAGGAAGUGUGGCCACACUAACAAAGGUCUGCACCUAUGACAGAAUGGGACUGGGCUUCAGCAAGCGGCUGAUGCAGAAUGAAACCACAGGAACUGAGAAAGUCUGGGGAAUGUCAACAACUGGACGGAUGGUGGAUGAUCUGCACCGACUCCUGCAGGCUGCUGGGAUAGCCAAGCCCUUCAUCCUGGUGGGCUCUGAGCUUGGUGCACUCAAUGGCAGGUUUUACAGCCACAUUCAUGAUGUGCAAGUGUCGGACCUGGUGCUGAUUGAUCCCAUCCCAGAGGACAUUUUUGAGGAGGACCAGUGGAACGAGUACUGGUACGGUAAGCUGCUGACUUCACUGCAAGCCAGGCAGUUUUCCGCAGCUACAGGACUGAGCCGCAUGCUGACAAUCCUCGGGGUGAUGGAGCCGACGAUUAAAGGCGAAAAUGUCUCAGAGGAGGUCAUCCAGCGGCAGAAAUACCUCCUGAGUAACCCUGCCCACCAGAGCAGUGCUGUGGAUGAGCAUUACUUUUUGAAUGAAAGUGCAGCUCAAGUAAGGGGCGUCACAAAGUUUAAGCCCCUCUCCAGCAGGAUGUCUGUGAGUGUGAUCACCGGGGAUUCCUUUGACCAGCAAAUACCAGAACACCUAAACCAGAUGGUAGCCAAGCUUCAAAAGAAGUUUCUGGAGGAGUCCUACCCAUCAGCCAAUCACAUUCACAUAAAAGGAGCAGACAGGCGAAUGAUCUACAAGAAGCCAUCUGCCAUCAGCCAGCACCUGAGGAAGCUAGUCAACCAACGACAAACCAAACAGCAGAGCGAGUGACCCAUGGCCAACGUGUAACAGUACCCCACACAUGGACAGAGUAAUCGUUGAAUAUGUUUUAAAUAUUCAUUAAAAUAUUCAGGUUAUCUCCUCACCGCCUCCCUGCAGCAAUCUGUAGAGAUUGUCUACAUGUUUGGUGAGGUUCAUCAAGAAGUCAAUUUUUGAACAUAUUUUUGCACAGCUCUGCUUCAUUGGAGGCUUUUUAAUUGAAAAUAUCUGGAGGGUGUUCGGCGUGAUGAAAUAUUUGCGGUCUUAGAUUCACAAAAUCUUAUCUUUCAAGUUGUUAUUUCAGUCUCUUUACCUGAUUGGCCAGUCCCAAAAAAUUAAUACGUUACUCCUUAUCAAAGUAAAGGCCACACACGUCAUUGCUCAACCUGAUACUUUUUAUCUCCUUCAGUUCUGUCUUAAUAUUCUGCCAUGUAAUAGCCACAGGCAACAGCACAUUGUGGUCCUCUGUCUCUGUUGCAUCAGCUUCAGUCAUUUGUUACUUGCAUAUAAUUGAGUUACAUCACAACCAGAUGUAGACCUCUAUUUUUGGACUUUGGUUGAUUAUAUUUUUUAUCAUUUGCAAACAGAUCAGUCUGGCCUGCUAAGCUUAUUUUCCAUUUUUGUAAAUGCACGAACUCUUGUGAUGGGUAUACAGCACUGUGAAAGAAAGACCAGACAGCGUUGGUUUAUCCUGAGGAUUUAAGUUUAAUUAUGACACCACAUCAAAAUAAAAAUUUCCAACAGAUCUGGAAUUUAAUUCCAUCCAUAUACAUGCAUAGCAACAACGUUUUAAGAAACAUUUUCUCCCAUAAUCAGGACAUUGGAAUGAUCAUUUUACAUCAGUAUCCCCACUGACCUCCCACCCAUCUUGUUCAUCAGCAAUAAACUUAAUUCUUGUACAACUUCUUUUUUUUCCCCUAUGGGGUUACAAAUAAUUAUAUGCACAGUCCCCAUUUCAUAAUACUGCUUUCAGUAAUGUUCCCUAAUUUACAAAGUAUUGCAUUGAGAGCAAAUUUCAAAAAGGGAGACCAAAGUGUAUCAUCAAACAGAAAUACGAGUACUAUACAAGAAUGCUGCCAUCCUCAUGAAAACAUCCACAUCUGAGUUGAAGAAAAGAGACAGGGACAAACAGCCACAUAUGUAUGCAAAGCCAUGUGUAUAUGCCAAAAUGUGAGAUGCAGGGUUGUGCCUGGUUAUCACCCCAAAUGGUGAUCUUUAAGGCAAACAAGUCAUUAGUAGCAAUCUGCAAGUGACAUUUUGGCCAUAUACAGAAACUGGUACAGCAAAUAAGAAUACACAAGUGCCUCAGUAGCUAUUUUUGUGUCUAAAAUGCAUCUCAUUUUUGUAUUGUCUAUUGUUUCAUUGAGCCUACAUUACAGUGUAAACAAUAUGUGUGCUACACAAGAAUGACUAUACAAUAACAUUACAAACAACUCUGAUAUAAAUUUCAUUUUGAAUUUAAAUUAAGAUCACUACUCCUAUUAAUACUGAUUGUAAAAUAAAUUAAUGUGAAAGUGGCA